AUGGAACGUACAGGCGAGCAGCUGCGCGAUGGGGCGAAGGCCGCAUGGUCAUCCCUCGAAACAGGUGCCAAUAGAGUUGGCGAGAAAUUCACCUCUUUCUUUUCCUCGCUGAACGUCUCUGCAUCAUCAUCAUCGUCAUCAUCCAAACCAGCCCAGCCGCAGCAAACAUCUCCACGAGCUGGCGAACCGGCUCAACAGCAGCACGCCUACACAGCUGGCGGGGUGCUACGGCCACCCCCGCCCACGACGCCAGCAGGCGUGCCGCCGCCCGUACCCCCAAGGCCCACCUACACCACCCUCGACCAAGCCAGGGCGGAGCAGGAGAGAAGGGAGCGCGAGGAGCGAGAGAGGAGGGAAAGGGAACGAGUGGCAGAGCUGCAGCGAGAACGCGAACGAGAACGCGAAAAAGAGAAGGAGAGAGCCGAGAAGGAGAGACAGAAGAGAACGGCGUCCGCAGGUGCCGGACCCGGGGCAGACGAGGGAGAGAGCUUCUACGACGUGCUGGGCGUGGAGCGCGAUGCGUCGCAGGCGGCCAUCAAGCGGGCCUACUACCGCAUGGCCGUACGCUACCAUCCCGACAAGAACCCCGACGAUCCGCACGCCGAAGAAAUGUUCAAGAAGAUCAGCGAGGCCUAUCAGAUCCUGUCCGAUGAAAAGAAGAAGGAGCUCUACGACAAGUACGGCAAGAGUGCGGUCGGGCUGGAUCAGCAAGGUGGGGCGAUGGACGCCACGCUGCUCUUCGGCGUGCUGUUCGGCGCGGGCAAGUUCGAGGACACCUUCGGCGACAUCGAGGAGCUGAUCGACCCCCAGAUGUUCUCUGAGCAGCCAAUGGACCCCGAGGCACACAACUAUUCCCAUCUGACUUCCCACCGAGAAAGGGAGAAAUACGAAAAGAAAUUGCAAGAAACUCAGGACCGACUGGUGGAGCUGCUCAAGGCUAAGCUCCGGCCCUUCGUCCACGGGUACCAGAAAGAGUUCAGUGAGAUCGUGGCGGCGGAGAUCGAGGAGAAGUUGAACGCUCCGGGAGGCCCCUCACUCCUUGCCCACAUCGCCUAUGUCUACACCCAAGAAGCCAAGUCGCACUCGGGCCGAUGGCUGGGUCUGGAGGGCUUUGUCACAGGCAUUCAAGAGACCGGUCACUACAUCUCCGAAGCCGCCUCCGUCAUCGGUGAUCUGUCGCGCAUGCAGGCGCUGCAGAAAGAGCUAGAGAAGAACCCCGAGAUCGCUCAGACUGAGCAAGUACAGCAGCGAGCUGCCACUCUUGGCCUCGGCCUCAUGUGGCGACUGGGCAAGCUCCAGAUCGAGCGUGCCGUGCGUCAAGUGUGUCGAGCAAUGUUCUCCUCGCGCCACAGCGCGACCAAGGAGGAGCGCAAGCUGCACGUGGCCGCCCUCAAGCGGCUCGGCGAGCUGUACCACGCCGCGGCCAAGAAUCACCGCACCAACCGCGCGGCGCCCUCGCUCACUGACAUUGAGGAGAUGCUACUCAAGUCCCACGACUACGCCCAGCAGAAGGCCGCCAGCGAAGAGGAGAGGUCGCGGGCCGAGGCCGAAGCUCAAGCGCAGGCCCAGCAGGCCCAGGCUACCACCACGUCCACGUCCACGUCCACGUCUCCGCCGCCGACAACUGCCAGCAGCGAACCACCACCGCUCGAAGAUAUCGAUGAGGACGCCGACGCGCCCAACGCAAAGACCAACUUUGAGGCGCUUGACUGA